AUGGAGCAGAGCGAUGAUGAAAGCUGGGAUUAUGAUAAAAGGAAGUUGUCAACGAUUAGAAUCUUCCGGCCAGACACAACUUACACAACUGUUAACUGCCGGUAUAAUAUUACAGCAAGUGAAUUGAGCGCAAUGCUUGGCCGAAAGAUUUUUAAGCCCGACACAUCCAAGUAUCAUAUAUAUAUCCUUCGAAAUAACGUUGUUCGUCCACUCGGCCCUAACGAAAGGCCUCUCAGCAUUUUGCGCCGAUGCCUCGUGCAGUUUGGAUAUACGGAUCAAGACAAAUUAGACGAACUCUCUGGAAAGGAUAAUAGAUUCCUAUGCCGUUUCACAUUUGCAGAGAGUGGGCUUCCAUUGGUCAAGGAGACUGAUUUCCCGGCACAUAGUAUAUAUGCCGAUGUAAAUUUGCAACGCCAAUGCUUACCCACAAUACCAAUCUUCCUGUAUUCAAGAGCCAAAGAUAUUGUGCGUUUAAAUAUUUCGCAUAACCAGCGGAUGGAUUUACCGCUUGAUUUUGUGCAGAACUGUAGCGCAUUGAGGGACCUUCGAAUGGCUUAUAAUGACUUGGAUAAGGUUCCAAGCAAUGUCCGAUACAUUUUGAAUCUUCAGAUCCUAGACGUUCGCGGCAAUCGCAUUAGGGAUCUUCAAAAGGCUCAUUUGGAAGAGGCUCGCAAAUUGGAUACUUUGAUUCUUCAAUGCAAUCGCUUAAACUCCAUUCCGGAUGCUUUUCAGGAAUUUCAGCAUCUGCGCAUCCUUAAUCUCUCGAGCAACAACUUUGAGAAGGUGCCAGCUGUACUCUGUACAAUUCAAUCAUUGGAAGAGCUGGAUCUCAGUUUCAACAGCAUUUCAGAAAUCCCUCAUGAAAUCAGUCAUCUCGUACGACUGAAGAAGCUACUUUUAUACGGCAACGAGAUCGGGCCGUUUUUGCCUAAGAGCAUGGAGACAAUGACGGCUCUACAAAAACUGGAUAUUCGCCAGAACGGCAUAUUGAAUAUAGAUGCAUUGAACGAACUUCCAGCUCUUGAAGAGUUGUUGGUGGACUACAACACAAAGGUUGUCCUCAACAAUGCAUUUGGCGCGCUGGUGCGACUUUCGAUUGUGAAAUGCAACAUGACUGACAUCAAUCUACGAGGUACCGGCAACACACUUACCUUCCUCGACCUCUCUUCGAAUAAGCUCUCCAACUUGGCUCCAACCUUGUUUGAACACCUAAGAUGCUUGGAAAUUCUGAAACUUGAUCACAAUAGUAUAAGCUCUAUUCCGUCGACCGUUGGUGCGCUCAAGAAACUUAGAACGCUUUCAGUUGCGUAUAAUAAUCUCUCUAGUAUACCCGAUGACAUCGCACAGCUUCACUCCCUUAUUGAUCUGGACGUUCGUAGUAAUAGUCUUGGAGAGCUCCCCGGAGCUAUCUGGAAAUGUUCACUCAAGUAUCUCAACGCGUCUUCCAACAUUCUUGAGUCUUUUCCAGAUCCACCAGGAAACUAUAGUCUUAAAGCGGGCGAUGAGUCACUCAUUACAGCAUCAUCAUCAUCAAUAACAUCAUACGAUAUGGAGCCUGUCGCGCCUGUCCAUUUUCAAGGUCCAUCCCCCAUCAGUCGCUCCGACCAUAUCCCCCCACUGGUAACCACACUGGAAACACUGUGUUUGGCUGAUAAUCGGCUGCCAGACGAUGUUUUCUAUCCCCUAUCGCGUCUUUGUGCCUUGAAGAUUUUAAAUUUAAGUCAUAAUUUUAUUGCUGAGAUCCCUCGAGGCCAAAUACCAAACACAGGUAACAUCCAGGAGCUAUAUUUGAGUGGAAAUCAACUCACUAACCUACCUGCGGAUGACAUCGAGUCGAUGCGCAAUCUUCAGGUAUUGCAUGUCAGCGGAAACAAGCUCACGACGCUCCCUGCAGAGUUGGGAAAGAUCAAUCGUCUUAAGGUGCUCGAUGUUGGCUGUAAUAUGUUGAAGUACAACAUCUUAAAUUGGCCGUAUGACUGGAACUGGAAUUGGAAUCUUGAACUCAAGUACCUGAAUAUGUCUGGAAAUAAGCGCCUUCAAAUUAAACGGCAGGCAGCUGAAACGAUACCGACAGCAUCUCGCCCAGGAAAUUUGUCUGAAUUCAGUAACCUUACUUGUCUUCGAAUUCUUGGAUUAAUGGAUGUUACUAUCACAGAUAAUGUCCCAGAUGAUACCGUAGAUAAACGAGUCAGAACAUCGACAUCCACUCUGCAUAAUAUGUCAUAUGGUAUGGCUGAUACUUUAGGCGAUGGCGAAAAUCUUUGCAUUUGGGAUCUUGUUCAUCCUAAAUUUCAGACUAAGGAUGAUGAAGUAUUAUUCGGCCUGUUUGAUGGCCGAUCUGGAAAGUCUCGAUCAAGCUGUCGAAUGACUAGCCAUCUUAAGGAUCGGUUCGGCGCGUACUUCAAAAUCGAGCUGGAAAAACUAGAAGGUUCUGACACUGUUGUUAGUGCACUUCGGCGCACAUUCUUGGGCCUCGAUCGUGAGCUCUGGCCACUUGCUAAAGGGGAAGGUGGCAGGGGAGGAGCUUCUGCACUCGUAGCUUAUAUCAAAGGAAUGACUUUAUACACGGCCAACGUUGGGGACACAAUUGCUGUAUUAGUCAAGAAAUCGGAUUCAUUUAAUGUGAUUUCACAAAAGCAUAUUCCUUGGAACCCAACAGAAGCGGCACGGAUUAAGCGUUCUGGUGGAUUUGUUAGCGAAAACGGGCUUUUGAAUGACGAGCUAGAUAUUUCAAGAUCGUUUGGACAGUAUCAUCUUAUUCCGAUUGUCAACUCAAACCCAUUCAUUGAGACCACCACUCUGACGGAGGAUGACGAUUUUCUGAUCAUGGCCUCUAAGUCGUUCUGGGAUGUCAUGUCUUAUAAUACUGCAGUGGACAUCGCUAAGGCUGGUAUGAGGAUUUAUGGUGACUUGAUGCACGCAUCUCAAAAGCUGAGGGAUAUUGCUAUUUCGUAUGGUGCUCGUGAGCAUAUGGUUGUGAUGUUAGUAGGAGUUGGAGAUCUAUUCAAGAAAAAGGAGCCUUCGGAUACUUUGGAAUAUCACCAGCAUAAAAAGAGGCCAAAGCCGACUGAAGGUCCGAUUGAUGCCGUAAGUGAAGUCUUGAAAUACUUAAAACCCGAGAUAGAGCCUCCACAAGGCGAUGUUGCCAUGGUUUUCACAGACAUCAAGAACUCCUCCAGAUUGUGGGAAGAUAUGCCUAUUGCCAUGGCUAUUGCGAUUAAGGAGCAGUUUAACAUCAUGCGACGCCAGCUCCGCUCUAUUGGUGGGUACGAGGUCAAAAACGAAGGUGACGCUAUGAUGGCGUCAUUUUCGAGUGUGCCAGCUGCCAUAUUGUGGUGCUUUAAGGUGCAGGAACUACUCAUAUCCGCAGACUGGCCGCAGGAUAUUCUAGAUACUGAGGAUGGUCAGACAAUUUUUAGCGCCUCGGAUCCUAAUCAACCCAUCUAUAAAGGGCUUUCUGUUCGUAUGGGGAUCCAUUGGGGACAACCCGUAAGCCAUCGGGAUGAAGUGACACGGCGAAUGGACUACUAUGGGACGAUGGUCAACCGUGCGGCUCGAAUUUGCGCCUCGGCUGAUGGUGGAGAAAUAUGUGUCAGCAGUGAAGUAGUUAAGGUGAUGCAGAACAUACUUUCGGACUCUUCUUUGGAAUAUUCUGACUUUCCGGAUGCUGAGCAUGUUCGAGAGAUGAUGAAGCUCGGCUACGUAGUGAUCGAUAUUGGUGAAAAGAAGCUAAAAGGGCUAGAAACCCCAGAAAGCCUGCAUCUACUCUACACCCGGUUACUCGCUGAGCGUUACACAACAGAGGCUAAGAGUGUUGCAGCUACUCCCGUCUUAGGAACUGUAAAAUGA